GAGAGCGCGUUGUUGCGGAGUCGGUUGUUGCCAUGAUCGGGAUUUCCUGUGCGGAUGUGUCGAGCUAGUCUCUGGAUGAUAUUUUAUUCGCCCCGCUGUGUUUUAAAUGAUGUAACUGUGAAAAAAAAAGACUUUAGGAGUUUGCAGUACAGGUUUAUAGGCAUUGUGUGUUCCUACAGUGCGAUAUUUGAAGCAGUGAUUUUGUGAAACACGCGUGGAUUUUCACACAAAGACCUGGCAACCUGGAGUCGUUACCGCGAGCGUCUGUGUAGCGGCGAGGCGCGUGUAUGAAACGUCGGGUGAAAUAAAAACUGCACCUGCUCGGUCAUCCUGAUGUCGCAUUAAUUCCUGCAGCCUGCGCUGAAUGCCUGAGUAUCAACAGCUGCCUUCCUCAAGGACUUUCCUCAGCUCCUGUCACUGAUGGCAGCUGUUACAAAGGUGAUGGAUAGCAUUGUAAUCCUCGAUGAUGAUGAUGCUGAAGAGCCUUCGUCAUCUUCAUCGCAUCCUCAGACAUCCUGUGUGUCCAGUACGUCUAAAGUCUUUCAGCUGCCAGCAACACACAUCCCCGAGUCUCCAUUCGCUUCUGCCAAAAAGGACAGCCAUGUUCUCCAGCUGGAGAACGAGAAGCUCUUUGGCGAGUUUGUGGAUCACUGCGUAGAACACACCCGAGAGCACCCGGAGGUCGUGAGCUUCCUCCAGAUGAAAUACUCCAAGGCCUCGCCUGACUUCCUGAUGUCCGUGGAGUUCCGGAACGCUGUGGGUCGCUGCCUGACCCGAGCCCAGGCCCACACUACCAAAACGUUCGUUUACAUAAACGAACUGUGCACCAUGCUGAAACAGCACUCAACCAAAAGGAGGGCCGUCAUCCAGCCUUCUAACGCCAAAAAGCAGGAGAAAACCGAGAGCAGAGACGAGGAAGAAAACGGGAAAACAGACGGAAAAGAGGAAUCUGUCUUGGGGCAGCCAGACGUUGGGGAGGAGGAAAGGAAAACUAAACGAGCUUCCAGGAGACAGAUAGCAUACCUGGAGAACUUGCUGAAGGUUUAUAGUGAUGAGAUCAAACGGCUGCAGGAGAGAGAACUGGAUUUGGAGGAUAUGGAGAAGGAGGACUCGUGCUACAUCCAGGAGCAUAGGCUCAAACGCAAAAUGAUGAAGAUCUACGAUAAACUGUGUGAGCUAAAGGACUGUAGCACACUCACUGGCAGAGUCAUGGAGCAGAGGAUUCGCUACAGCGGCACCCGUUACCCAGAGAUCAACAAGAAGAUCGAGCGAUUUAUAAACCAACCCGAGAUCUCUCAGAACCCCCCGGAUUACAGGGACAUCCUGCAAGUGGUGAAGCGCGCCAACGAGCGCAACCAGCUCAUGCUGAGCCGUAAGCAGGAGGCGCAGAUUGCUCAGGAGGCGUUCCGCGAGACGGGCAACAGGCUGCAGGAGAGGCGCCACCUCGACAUGGUCUACAACUUUGGCUCUCACCUCACAGACCUGUACAGACCAGCCACAGAUCCUGCCCUUACUGACCCAAUGCUAACCCAGAAGCUGCGCUCUAACAGAGAGCUGGCUCUCAGCUCCCUAGAGGAGGUCAUCAACAAAUACGCAGGCAAACAGGAUGACACGGAGGAGGAGGAAAGGAGAAAGCGUCUGGGGAAAGAGAAACAGAAAAAAGAGAAUAGCCAACAGGAGUCCAUAAAAGCAGAGAACAAUGACAAGAGUGGAGAUGAAAAUGAGGAGGAGGAAGAGGCAGAGGAGGAGGGAGAGGAAGAGGAUGAGGAGGAGGAGGACGAGGAGGAAGAUGAUGAUUCUUCAGAUCCGGAUAUUGAGGAGGAGAUCCAGGCCAGUGCAGCACAAGUCAGACCAGAUGAAGAAGACAAUGAGGAGGAACAUCUGAGCGUCAGUGAUGAGGUCGUACAGCCCAGCAGCGAUGGCUCGUGUCCAUCAGUUAAAUCACCUGGCUGUGGAGAUGCAGGUGAAAGUGGUGAUGAAGUUCCUCAGUCUGACAGCAGGACAUGUGGCAGCAUUUCCACAGAGAAAUCUCUCGAUUCCACCGACAGUCCCUCCUCUUCAAACAGCCGCAGUCAGUCAGGUGUCCUGAACCCUCCGUCUGGGGAGGACACGCCGCUCAUUUCUAACAUCUGUCCCUCUGCUGACUCUAACAGCAUCAGUGAAGCCACAGAGAUUCCACCCACCCCUGAGAACUGUGUCUCCACCCCGCUGACGACAUCCGCCAGCCAUCCUGAGGUGAUUAACGAGACGUGUAACAACAAGAAGAGGAAGCGGGAAUCGAAGAAGAACCACAUGAUUGUCCAAAAUGGCAACAUCAGACGGAGCGAUGUGAGCGACAGUGAUGUCUCUCCGGAUAUAAAAGUGGCCUGUAGCCCUGUGCUAGUGGACUCCACCCGGGCGGACACACCCACUCAGGAUAUGGUCAGCAGCUCUCGUGCCACACCACCCCCUAAAAAGCACAAGGUGAACGUUGCAACCCAGUGUGACCCAGAUGCGGUGAUUGUUCUGUCUGAUUCGGACUGAGCUGUGGAACUGGACAACGAGCCCUCUUUUCCUUAACCCCUGUUGCUCCGAAUCUGCUGGUGCUUGUCCAUGUAAAAUCCCGAAAGUCAGUUGUCGUUUUAAGCGAGAAACAAAGCUGACUAGCGAAGCUCUUUUGCAUUGAAUUAUCUUUACCACACUGUUAUCUUUUUAAACUCUAACACGGCUAGCUGCACUGCCCAUUUGGCUUAGCAGCACAAUUUCAGGGUAUGUUACUGGGUAUGUUAGUUUUUUAGGGAAAUAUAAAACUUCAUUGUAAUGUUCUAUUGUAUUUGAAAAUUCUUUUUUUGAAAGCAGAUAAAAGUUUGGUCUUUAUCCCUGUGUAAUUAGUUUUAAGUACACAGAAAAGGCCUAAUUUAUUUUUCUGUUGAGUUCCCUUACAAACUCAAUAAAAACCUAUUUUUGUGUAAA